GGUGUUUUUAAGUUUUUUUGGUAUUAUCUUACGAUUUAAACAACAUUUUCAUUAGUAUGUUAUAAUUGUUCUAUAGUUACAAUAACAAUUAUGGACGAAAGCCAUUUAACCGAGUUAGAUAUGUCCGAAGAAAUUUACGAUACGGAUCAAUUUUUUAAUAACGAAAACCAAAAUACAGAAAACCUCGAAAGCAAUUUAGAAGAAUUGAAUUCAGAACAGUUAGAGUACGUUGCCGAAAAACAAACCGAUAUAGUCAUAGAAAAGAAAACUCCACAAAGGAAUGAAAUAACACGUACAAAGUUACCGAUUGCGAGGAUAAGAAACAUAAUGAGAAUGGAUCCAGAUGUGAGCAUGGUACAAAGUGAUGCUGUAUUUUUAGUAACGAAGGCAACCGAACUAUUUCUGGAAACAAUGGCUAAAGAAGCAUACACAUAUACAUCACAAAAUAAAAGAAAAACAAUUGCAAAGAAAGAUUUAGACCAUGUUAUAAAUAAUGUGGAUUGCUUAUGCUUCCUUGAAGGUGCGAUGGACUUCUAAAAUGGAUUAAAAAAUAAGUGUUAAAUAAAACUAUAUAUGUUACUAAA